GCCAGAUGCCUUAUUUCCGCCUCUCUGGAUAUCUGUUUGAGGCGCCCUGAACAGGCCCUUUUCCGGCUCUGAGAAGUGUGAUACAGAACGGCAGACGCAAGUGAGUGAAUGUUUUUUUGUAUUUUCAAGGCCAAAAUUGCAUGAAAAUGCACAAUGUCAAACCAUCGUACGUGUAACAUUGCUCGUUUGACUUGGAGUCAAAAGUAAAUGAGUUUAUAGUCCAAAGACGUUUUUAAAGCAGUGUUUUUAUUCCGUGCGCAAAUGAUUUCAGCCGGGGCAAAUUAACUCAAUGCUAACACGUGCGACAUGGCUAACUAGCUAGUACCUGUUUAGCGUCCUCCCAGGACCACUCAGCACAUUAUGUUGGUUUGCAAGAUGUUCUGUUUGGUGUUAAACACAUGUUAAUCUUAAAUCACUAUUGUAGUUGGUUAUGUUUCGCUCAUAAUGACAUUAGCCAUGUAGUUAACAUUAGUUGGUAGACUCGGGCUGCCUUUAGACUUUUGGGCCUACUGGUGUGUUCGCUCAUUCACUUUGUCUUUACGUUUUUAUACCGACUACUUCAUUAAAUAACAUUUGUAACUACAGACAGCAAUAUUCAUGCCGUCCGUGUGUAGCCUUGACUACGUUGCUAACAUCAUUAGUUAACGUUGACGGUAUAAUGGCUAACGUUGGCUAGCAAGUUAGCUAACUAUUCGUGUGUUGCCAGCAGUGGAAGACAUUCCUCCCUGAUGUUGAUGGUUGUAUCACGAAGCCUUCUCUCAUUCUACUAACUAGUUGAGCCGUGAUGUGGUAAUAUCAUUGGUUAGUGUGGGAUACCAUUAUUACAAGGCCUUUGCCAUGGAACUGAGGUCAGACAUUGUGGUACCUUGAAUCUCGUAAUUAAAUCCAUUUAAUGUUACCUGACCAAAUAUUGUUUCUCUUCAGUGACUUCAGAGUCGUGGGAGACUGCCCCAGCAGUGGCAGAAACGCCAGAAAUCAAACUCUUUGGGAAAUGGAGCACCGACGAUGUUCAGAUCAAUGACAUCUCCCUGCAGGUAAGGUAUUUCAAUGUUCGACUUGUGACUAGUCACUAUAAAACAUAACUAUUUGUUAAUUGUUUGUGUACACGAGGCUAGAGUCACGCCUUUACGACCCUCAUUGUCCAGGUGUGCUAGAGUACUCGUAGAGUGAACUCCUUUGCAUAUUCAUUGGCUGUAGUCUCUUGUGGCCCAGUCAAUCACCAGCUCAGAAACAUGAACAUCUAUGUAUUCCCUGUUAACCUGAACAUUGAAACCUAAGUUAUUGGAAAGUGAACUAGUUUUGAUUAUGCUUUUUCCUUCAACUCAGGAUUACAUUGCUGUGAAGGAGAAGUACGCCAAGUACCUGCCACACUCUGGAGGCCGUUAUGCCGCCAAGCGUUUCCGCAAGGCCCAGUGCCCCAUUGUGGAGCGUCUCACCAACUCCAUGAUGAUGCACGGCCGCAACAACGGCAAGAAGCUGAUGACCUGUCGCAUUGUGAAGCACGCCUUCGAGAUCAUCCACUUGCUGACCGGGGAGGUACAUACCAUCUCUACCUUAUCCAACACUGUUUUUUGUGUCCCAAAUGGCACCCCAUUCCUUUCAUAGUGCACUACUAUGGUCCUUGGUCAAAAGUAGUGCGCUGAAUAGGGUGCUGUUUGAAAUGUAGACUUUGCCUUGAACUCCAUGCCUGUCAGCCUCCCGCCACUAUGCUGGUCUGUCAUAGUGACUGAGUAUAAUCCAGUGGAGGCUCAGAUAGACCCAGCUCUAGGAAGCAGGGCUGCCUAAACAAAUGGGCAACUCUGUGCCGAAAGGCCUGGAACAAACGCCACAUGGAACUUGUCCUGCUUUAAGUCCAUGCCUACUCUCCUCUUACUGUUAUCACCCCAAUUUUACUUCUGUCAUCGCUAUGUCCCAUAUGUAGGCUCGGAGUGUCUUUGCCUGUGAGAUUUGUACCCCUGAAUAUGGAUUACGGUUGUGGUGGUUGACCUUGUCUCUCCUCUGACUUGUCCUCUCAGAACCCCCUGCAGGUGCUGGUCAAUGCCAUCAUCAACAGCGGUCCCCGUGAGGACUCCACCCGUAUUGGUCGUGCUGGUACGGUGAGGAGGCAGGCUGUGGACGUGUCCCCUCUGCGUAGAGUCAACCAGGUAAAAUAGAAUGCUGGCACAUUCUCCACCAACUCUGUGCCUGUUGCCACUUGGUUCACUUCCAAAUCUAGGCUACAUCACAAGUGAAGUUACAAGAAUGAGACUUGUAUGUCAAUUGUUUGUGUACACGAGGCUAGAGUCACGCCUUUACAAACUCAUUGUCCUGGUGUGCUAGAGUACUCGUAGAGUAAACUUCUUUGCAUAUUCAUUGGCUGUAGUCUAUUGUGGCCCAGUCAAUCACCAGCUCAGAUACAGAACCUCUAUUUUGAUUUGUUUUGUUGUAAAGAUUCACAACAUAGUUUAUUUAUAUUCUGUGUUGUGUAUGGCUGCUUACACUCUUGCAUCCUGUCUCUCAGGCUAUCUGGCUGCUGUGCACUGGAGCAAGAGAAGCUGCUUUCAGAAACAUCAAGACUAUCGCAGAGUGCCUUGCCGAUGAGCUGAUCAACGCAGCUAAGGUGAGUAGUCUCAAAUGUGGUUUCAGUACUGUACAGAUUUGGUUCUGAACCUCUCUCUGCAGUUUUAAUCAAAAUGUUCUAGUCUGCUGUGAUGUUGGGUGUUUAUUCACCAGUGUCAUGUCAAUUUUUUCGGUUUUGAUCAAUGUAUUGAAUGUGUUUUUUCUCGGUCAGGGUUCUUCUAACUCCUAUGCCAUCAAGAAGAAGGACGAGUUGGAGAGGGUCGCCAAGUCCAACCGUUAAAUGUUUGUUGCUUUCUUUAAAAAGAAAAAGAGGAAAUAAAUUUGAGCACUUCAA